CUUACAGUGGGGGAAGGAAUCAAACUCCCAAGAUGGCGGCGGCGUCGGAGGAGCGGAUGGCUGAGGAAGGAGGCGGCGGCCACGGCGACGGCGGCUCCUCUUCGGCCGCCGGCUCUUCUCAGCGACAGCUCCCACCGCCUCCGCCACAGCCUCCGCAGCCGGGGUCCCAGGCACCCCCAGUGCCGGCGCUGGCUCCGGACCAGCUGCCUCAAAACAACACUCUGGUGGCGCUGCCCAUCGUAGCUAUCGAGAACAUCCUCAGCUUUAUGUCCUACGACGAAAUUAGCCAGCUUCGUCUGGUUUGUAAAAGAAUGGACUUGGUCUGCCAGAGAAUGUUGAAUCAGGGAUUUCUGAAAGUGGAAAGGUACCAUAAUCUAUGUCAGAAACAAGUUAAAGCACAACUUCCAAGGAGAGAGUCAGAAAGGAGAAACCAUUCUUUAGCUCGUCAUGCAGACAUCCUUGCUGCUGUGGAAACAAGGCUGUCACUAUUAAAUAUGACUUUUAUGAAGUAUGUAGAUUCCAAUCUCUGCUGCUUCAUCCCAGGAAAGGUGAUUGAUGAGAUUUAUCGUGUGUUGAGAUAUGUCAAUUCUACCAGAGCCCCUCAGCGAGCUCAUGAAGUACUACAAGAGUUAAGGGAUAUUUCCUCCAUGGCAAUGGAAUACUUUGAUGAGAAAAUUGUUCCAAUUCUAAAAAGGAAAUUGCCAGGAUCAGAUGUGUCUGGAAGACUUAUGGGCUCUCCUCCAGUGCCAGGACCCUCUGCAGCCCUAACAACAAUGCAGCUCUUCUCCAAGCAAAACCCUUCAAGACAAGAGGUUACCAAACUCCAGCAGCAGGUUAAAACCAAUGGUGCUGGCGUGACUGUUCUCAGGCGUGAAAUUUCUGAGCUUCGCACCAAAGUGCAAGAACAGCAGAAGCAGCUUCAAGACCAAGACCAGAAACUGCUAGAGCAAACCCAAAUCAUAGGUGAACAGAAUGCACGUUUGGCAGAGCUGGAACGCAAACUACGAGAAGUAAUGGAAAGUGCAGUAGGAAACUCCUCUGGGUCUGGGCAGAAUGAGGAGUCUCCUCGGAAACGAAGAAAGGCAGCAGAAACUAUAGACUCUCUUAGAAAAUCUAAACGUCUUCGAAAUAGAAAGUGAAUUGAAAUAUGGUUCUAGCUCCAGAGGAAUACACAGCUUGGUAGCUUAAGCAGUUAUGCAUAUCAGGAUACUGGGAGCAACAUGGUGUCUGUCCCUUGGGCUUCUAGGCUUUCAGAACACAAACUUGAACUCUAUGGUUGGGACAUUCUUUUCCCACUUCUGGUGGAACUGAUGCACAGAAUCUUUUUACUUUGCAAUAGAUUUGUACUAACCAGACCCGUUCUAUCAUGUUUUGGGGAGUUAACUUUUUUCUGUGCAGAUAAUAAGGAAGUUUGUUUGUUUCUGCAUAUAUGCACAUGACAUAAGGAUCUUAAACAAAAUCCAGUCUUGACAAGAGUUAAGUUUAAUACAGAAAAUGUCCUGUUCACUUGAAAGAAAAAAACCUACUUUUUAAAUGGACACUAUGUUGUUUAAAAAAAAACAAAAACAAAAACAAAAAACGUUGACUUUUUGUUAUAAGUGACCUUUGUCUGGAAUGUCUGAAAAGUAGUUAAUGCUUUUUGGUAUUGAAGUGAUGGGUAACUGAAAGGAUUUCCAUAGUAUUGACUGUAGAAGGAGCCUCUACAGUAUUGACUAUAUAUUUUUAUAAACUACUGGCAAGGGACGUAUCCAGUUGUUAUUAUAUACAUGUUUUCAGUUCUUUUGGGGGCCAUGUCCUACAUUUGCAUGGAUGGAUGCAUGCAUUGCCUAGUCAACUCACUUAAAAAGCUCUUGCACUGGUAUCGAUCUUGAACCUCUAUACUUCCUUCUCCACUUUUUAGAGCAGUGUCUUCAUUGAUCUAAGCACUUAACAUCUUCCACCACAACAGUUUGCCUCUAGAGAGAGAAUUGUUAGUCCAUUUGUCCUCCAGUUUUAUAGGAACAAGACUAUUAAAGCCCAUUGCUUUAUCUAUUCUCUGUAGGGUUCAGGUACACUGGUUAAGGCAAAGUCCAAAUUCCAAGGCUGUUUCUGUCAAGAUCAGACCUCCGGGAGCUAGCAAAGAUCCUAACUCGUUGCUAUCUGCUCAUGGAUCAUAUUGGUGACUGAAUAGGGGACCUAAUUGUGGAUGCAGUUUGCCACUGAAGGAAAGUUUAUUGAAGAAAAUUGUACCAUAAAAAAGCAAUUCGAUCAUUUCAUUUCUGGGAGAUGACCCAAGGGAAGCUUUUUAAUAUUAAUUUCAAGCCUUCCUUAUCUAACAAAAGCUUUAAUUUUUUUUUUUUUUUGCACUUCUGUUUUUAGCUUGUAACUGGAAAAGCAUGUCUUGCACUGUUCAACCUUUGAGUGGUCACUUUAACAAUCUCCAAAUUGUGUACAGUGGUUCUUUUGCCCAGUUGUAUAUUUUUGAGACAUUCAACGAUCACUGUCCAAGUUUUAUUUUAAUGUACUAAAUUAUGUAGUUAUUUGUCAAGUUUUUAAACAACUGUUGCCUUGGGCUUCAGUUAUUUAAAAUAAAUUUAGAUGUAAUAUAGAAAACUAUCCCUUUCCAGGUGGGAGUUUGACACCUGUAUACAAUCUAAGGUUUUGGUAAGUACCUUAGUUGAAUAAAAGCACAAGGUUAUCACCUUUUUGAUCCGUCCAACAUGACAUGGUUUUGCAUUCUUUAGGUUAACUUUUUCCUAUCUUUUUUUAGUAUUGUCCUUUCAUAAUAUUGUCCUUAGAUUUUGAUCAAUUAUAUGUCUACCUUUGAAACUCCAUUUACAAUGUAGUAUGUUUUCAAUGAAAAAACAUAAAGUAACAUCCAAGUGUUUAUGGUUUGUUGGGAAGGUAAUUUUAAAAUAAACAGUUUCCUAAAAACAUUUGUCAGCCAAGGUCAUCCAUAAAAGUCCCUGUCUGGAACUCAUUUUCUCAGCAGGUCUCAUUUUGCAAUCAUAGGAUUUAGCCAUAUUAUCAUAACUUUGGAGGAGGCCUACUGGAAUACUCAUGGCCUUUACUAUUAUGCUUUUUCUGGUAAUAAGAAACCUUUUUUAAGUAUCAGAGUACUGGUUUACAAACUAUGAUCCUUAUGCAUCAAAGGGAUAUAGCCUCAGCUUUUUGGUUUUUUUGGUUUUGGCAGUACUGGGAAUGGAACGCAGGGCCUUGUGCAUGUUAGGCAAAUACUGUAACCACUAAGCUACACCCCCAGUCCUCAGAUUAUUUCUCUAAUAGUUAUUGAAUUACUAAAGUUUCCUGAAUUUCUUUUUAAACUACAUCAAAAUAGCCUAAAUAUAUCUGUAGUCUUCCACUAGUUAACAUGAGUAUAUGGCUUUCAGAAUGAGCAUUCACACUGUUAGGAGGUAAAUUUUUUGUUUCCAAAUUCAAAUUUCUACAAUGUAUACUUAUAAUCCCUGUCCAUAAGAUUGAGUUGCACUUGUUAAUGCAUGAGUGUUUCAUAAUUAGAAUAAAGCACUACAGUUGUUUUAUGUUGUAGACUAGCUAAAACAGGUUAUGGUAUUGUCUUCACCAUUUAUUAGAAUAGUUAUUGGGUAACUGUUAAACUUGCUUUUGGAUAGCAUAGUAGCAUUUAGGGUUCUAUAAAUACAUCUAAACUUGACAUGUUACAGGAAUUUUAUAAAUUAGUCUCAGAACCUUCUUGCUCUGCAUUUUAUGCCAGUAAUUUAAAUGCUGUAUGUUUUAAUAGUACAGCAUUCCAUGAAGUGUUGCCAUCAUCUUCCUUGGCGGAAGAGACUUCCCUGUUUUAAUGGGUCAUUCCCACACAUAAACUAUGGUACAACACUACAUACAUGGAUAAAAAUGUGAAAAGACAUGGAUAGGAAAUGAAGAGGACUGGCCCCAACCCUCACCCCAGCCAGAUCCUCAGCUUAGCUUUCGUGUGGACACGGUUUACUUGGUUUUCACACAUUCUGAGGUUAUAGAAACUGCUGUUUUUCAGAAUUCUCUUUUGAUGUUCAGAGCCUGGAAAUAAUGGGGCAAAUGCAAAUGUAUUCAGAGUAAUCCAACUGUUUUUAAAGACUAUUGGGGUGCCAUCAGGUCUAAAGCCACUGGUUUUGGAAGCAACUUUUUUUGUAAAAUGUGUUUUUUGGAGUACUGAACUUUACAGAGGCUUGCCUUAAUCUCUAUUUAGUAGUUUCAAGAUGUAUGCGCUAUUAUUCUACAUGUUCAAAUGUUAAAAUAUUCUAUGUAGCCCCAGAAGUGGGUAAAACAGAGUAUAAGUAAUGCCUAAAUAAAUAAGCUAAAAGGUGUCACUACAGCUGAGUUUUUCAGAGAAAGUGGACAUAUAAAAAUAGGCUAUGCGUCAUAAAAAUAAUGGCACCUUAGGAUUGCACUAUUUUAUGCAUUAUUUUAUAUGCCAUUUCAUAGCCUGCACUUUAAUCUCCAAAGAAAUGAUGUAUGAUAUCCCAGUUGUUCCUUAUUAUUAAUAAACUUUUUCCUAAGACAGGGCACUUAAUUCUAUUUUACUAUACUGAAUUAGUUUCUUGGAGGUGGAUUCUUCUUUUGGGUUCUCUAUUUCCUUAGCCAUAAUAUUUUCUAGGAUCUGGGAACUCCCUCUUUUGUCUAUUUCCAACAGUAUAUAAUUUUAAUUUAAUGUAAUGUAAAUCUCAUACCGGUGAUCAGCACAUUCUUAUAUUCUCUUCUAGCAGUGAGUACCCAUUUGUUACAUUUAUCAAACCGCUAAAAAUCCGGCUGUAAAAUUUGAAGGCAGGAAUGAAAGGCAUCCUGAUGCAGUCACUAGCAAAGAAAGCUAAUUGUAAUAGGAAACCCAAUUUGAUGUGCUGUCCAAUUCUUUGACUUGGCAUCUAUCUGAAUUCCUUUAACUAGCAAACAAAAGGUAAAGUUAGAACUACUUAAAAGUAAACUUUCAGCCUGCCAUCUUCAGUAAGUUAUUUUCAGAAAAUACUCAAUCUACAAAAUGAGACUAGUCAUUAGUUGAUUGUUGCCUGCCAUAAUCUCAUUUUGAAUAGCAAUACAGUUAUAUUGAUAAAUAUGACAGGCUGAAGUAAUUAGUUGGCCUUUUGCACCUUCCUAAGAAUCUUGGUUAAAUUUCUGAAGUCCAGAAAUUAAAUCUAAAUUUUUCCUGUUGUGUCUGAAGAAAACCAUGAGGUUUAGAAGCAUUAUUGGUAAUCUGCUGAGUUUGCCAAAGUCUAGUGGUCCAAAUUCAAAACUACCAAAAGGUUAGAGUGUUUAAAAUUCCUUUAUGUGGUACCAUGUCUGUUUACCUAUGAGCAACAAUAAGUCACUAGUUGACCUUCUGGAAUUUUAAUUGUUAAAACCUAAUCAACUAUUGGAAAGUAAAAAAACACCUCCCAGUUACACAACAGGGUACGUAAAUAAAUGUGUUGUUACCAGUG